UCACUAGCUCAACAGGUCUUCCCGGGAGGGUUCUCAGUACGGUCACAGCCAGGUCAGAGGUUAACCAGCGGACCACAAGUUAGAGUCGAGAAGAUCGCGAUGACUACGAUCAGCCAAGAUGGAGUGAAGGCGGCUAGAACGUGCAGCGUGAUUUUUGUGGCCCUGGUGGGUGUCGGCCUACUUUGCUGCGCUCACGCUUCACCUCUCACGAAGGCUGGCUCCCAGAGGCUCGACAUCGCCGCAGCAUCCAGGGCCAAGAGGAACUCCAGGAUAAUUGAAGAGUGCAUGCUGGUGGGCCUGGAGGAGGGCACCUACUUCUACAAGAGCCGCGGCACAGGCGACGUCUGCGGCGUGUACCUCAUCAGCCAGCCGGACGAGGCGAUCCAGGUGUCCUUCGACUACCUCGAUGUCGACUGCGACGUCAACGGCCUCGUCAGUUUCGUGGACGGCUGGGAGCUGGGCGGCGAGCUGUUCCCGAGCGAGGUGGACGCCCCCCUGGAGGGCCGCGUCCACGAGUUCUGCGGGCGGCUCAAGAAGAAGGUCUUCCAGAGCUCCGGCAACGCGGCUCUGAUCCAGUACCGGGUGCCGAGGCGGGGCAACGGCUUCAAGAUCACCGUCAGAUAUACCAAGAACCCCACAC